AUGGGAAAAUCACGACAAAUGAAGGAUCGCACAAGAGAUCCAGUAGUAAGCGAUUAUGGCACGACUUCCCAAGGAUUUCCUCGCAAGUAUCGCGAGCAUCUCAAGUUUGUAAAGUCCAUUGAAACAAAGGCAGAACUCAAAAAGAGCAUCUCGGAAAAAAAGACGAAAAAAGGUUUAAAUGGCAAGUUGAUCACUACAAAGGAUCAAUUGCAUGCAAAAGAGGAUGAAUUAAGACGAAUAGUUAAUCAUACAGCCAAGUCCAUUACCAACAAGUACGCUAAGCGCAAGGCAUGGAUGGAACAACAUAAAGGAUCCAAAAAAAAUGGCAAAAGUAAUGAAGAGGAGUAUUCCAAUUUGGACGGAGUACAGCAGCCAUUCCAAAGGGGAUUGGAAGUAGAGAAAAAACUAGUAGAUCAUGUCGAGUUUGGUCAAAUUGUCCAGAGACCUCCCAACAUCACUGUCAAACCAAAGGCUAGAAAAGAGUAUGUUCCCAUGCCAAAGAAACCUCUUUAUGACGAUGCCAAUGCUGCAGAUGAAGACAAGCUAGAGCGAGCUCGGAGACUCAAGAGGCAAAAAGAGCAGGCAAUUGAAUCUGGUACAUUUUCUGAUACAAAAAUUGGCCGUAAGCGCAAGCUCAAGGAUCUGGCACCAGUUGAAAAGAUUGCAUUGCUCAGAGAGCGUGAACAAGUGAUUGCCCUCUACAGACAGUCUAAAAUGCUGCAUGAGCAGUCCAAAACAGAAUUAUGA